CCAAACUUUAAAAAAAAUCCCCAAAUCCAAAAAUUCACCAACACUGGGCAGGGCAGAGCAACGCCAACCCCAAUUCAAAAUUUGACUGCUAAACUCUCCCAAGGGAUCUUCGAUUUGAAAGCUGCUGCGGGAUUGUCAUCCCAAGUGAUUGCGGAGCUGGGAUCUGGAAAAAUAACCCUUCUUCUUCAAUCUUGCCCUACCUAUUAUACCCUUCUCUCUCUCCAUCUCUCACGCUCACAUUGUGAUUUUACUUACACUAUAGGUGCAUUGAUGUAUAUCGGGGAAGGGGUUUCUGGUACUUGUUCAGCCAUUUUUGGUCCUAACAUGGCGUGAACGGUUGGUAUUGCAAGGCAUUUGAACGAUUUCGAAUGUGGGCUGGUGGUUUUUUGUUGGGAUCUGCCGCUAAGCUGGAGCUUGUGCUAGGGUUUCGGGCACUUCGAUUUUCACCUUCAAAGUUGGGAAAUGACGACCACUACCAAACGUGCUUACAAGCUACAGGAAUUUGUAGCUCAUUCUUUAAGUGUGAAUUGCCUAAAGAUUGGGAGGAAAUCAUCAAGGGUUCUUGUUACUGGAGGAGAAGAUCAUAAGGUCAACCUCUGGGCUAUUGGCAAGCCAAAUGCCAUAUUGAGCUUGUCUGGCCAUUCAAGUGGAAUAGAUUCAGUGAGCUUUGAUUCUUCAGAGGUUUUGGUUGCUGCAGGAGCAGCUAGUGGUACCAUUAAGCUUUGGGAUUUGGAGGAGGCUAAGAUCAUUCGUACCCUCACCGGACACCGGUCCAACUGCAUAUCAUUAGACUUCCAUCCAUUUGGGGAGUUCUUCGCAUCUGGAUCUCUGGACACAAAUCUGAAAAUAUGGGAUAUUCGAAGGAAGGGAUGUAUACACACAUAUAAAGGUCACACCCGAGGUGUUAAUGCAAUAAGGUUUACUCCUGAUGGGCGGUGGGUUGUAUCUGGUGGUGAGGACAAUACUGUGAAGCUUUGGGAUUUAACUGCUGGCAAGCUUUUGCAUGAUUUCAAGUUUCAUGAAGGCCAAGUUCAGUGCAUUGAUUUCCAUCCUCAUGAAUUUUUGCUGGCUACAGGCUCAGCUGAUCGAACUGUGAAAUUCUGGGAUCUUGAAACAUUUGAGCUAAUUGGUUCUGCUGGGCCUGAGACCACAGGAGUGCGCUGUAUGACCUUUAAUCCUGAUGGAAGAACUCUGCUUUGUGGUUUGCAUGAGAAUUUGAAAGUGUUCUCAUGGGAACCGAUUAGAAGUCAUGAUACUGUUGAUGUGGGGUGGUCUAAAUUGUCAGACAUGAAUGUACAUGAAGGGAAGCUUCUUGGAUGCUCAUUUAAUCAAAGUUGUGUUGGAGUAUGGGUUGUGGAUAUUUCGCGUAUUGAACCUUAUGCAAUGGGCAGCACUGCUCGAAUGAAUGGUGAGGAUGCAAAAUCUAAUUCUGGUGGCUCAAGUCUACUAACUGAGGAAAAGGUAAAGGCCAAUUUGGGAAGGCUUUCCAUUUCAAAUUCCGAUCCUGUGAAGGAAACCCGUUCUCUCACGAGGCUCUCUGCUCAGCAAAGUUCAGAUCUUAACAAGGAUACCAAAUCUAUUGCUUCUACUGUUAGUACUCCGAGCACUCCACAAAGGUCAAAUGUUCCAAAAACAACCCAGACCAAUUCAUCUGGAGUUGCUAACUCAACAAACCUGAAACGACAACCUGUUAAGGUUCAACCAACAAGUGUAUCUGUAUUCAACAGAUCAGACGUAAUACCCAUAGUUGUGCCUAGAAAUAAUUCAAAGCUAGAGCAGGCUGCUGAAUCCGGAAAAGAAGAUGCUACAGUUAAAGCUGUACCUCUUCCUUUGCAGACUAGGACAUCUGAGCUUCGCAGGCUUAUUAAUUCGAGAGAGGAUAAUGAGAGGCCAAAUAUUUCUUGUCAACCCGAUAACGAGUUCUCAAGGCAUAUGGAUUUGGGUGUCUCAGAUAGGGGUGGUGAUACUUCAUCGAAGAUCUCAGUUGCUGGAGUUUCCAUGGCUGACAGAAAACACAGAGACGAUAAACCUGUGAUUUCGAGAAAAGUUGAUACGAAUGCAACUUUUGAUGCUUUUUCCAGAUAUCAGCCUGAAAAUUAUGAAUUUCGGGCAAAUAAUAUGGAUAUGGAUACAUCUCAUAUAGAAGAUAAAAGAGGAGGUAGAACACAUUCUAUUACUUCAACAUGGGAGAAUAGGGGCAGAAGCUCCUUUCGUCCUGGUCGUACAUCGGCCAAUGUAUCUGGAAAAUUAUCUGCUUUUGUCUCUCUACCAUCACAGAGAAGCUAUCCUGUAACUGAGGAAAAUGAGUCAGUUUCUGCUAACGAUGAGGAUGCUGUUGUGGACUUAAUGGAAAUGCACAAUCAAUUUAUGGGAAUAAUGAAGUCUCGUAUGAGCAAACUACAGGUAAUCUUCAACUUCUGGCAAAGACAUGAUAUCAAAGGGGCGCUUAAUUCAAUCGGAAAAAUGAGCGAUCAUAGUGUGCUUGCUGAUGUAAUAAGCAUAUUGGCAGACAAAACUGAUAUGGUGACACUAGAUAUUUGUUCAUGUCUCCUGCCACUCCUUAGUGAACUUGUUGAAAGUGAGAUGGAUAGGCAUCAAGAUAUUGCACUAGAUAUGCUUUUGAAAUUGGUCAGAGUGUUUGGCUCCGUGAUCUACUCUUCAGUAUCGGCGCCAGCAUCUGUGGGUGUAGACAUAGAAGCAGAGCAAAGGCUGGAACGCUGCAAUGUUUGCUAUGUUGAACUUGAGAAAGUAAAACAUUGCCUACCAGUCCUUUCCAGGUAUGCAUUUUUUCUUUCUCAAACUCUGCACCCUCUCAGUACAAAUUUUCAAUUUCUGUUUGCUCUUUCAAUUUGCAGAAGAGGUGGAUCUAUUGCCAAGUCUGCACAUGAACUGAAUUUGGCACUUCAGGAUGUUUCAUGAGUAACCAAUAUUCAUAAUUUUACACUGGAUGUAUACAGUUACGGUACUGCUUGAGGGAGUCUAGACAAGUUUCCCUUCUAUUGUUAGCAAUCUGUGUACAUGCUCGGUGGAAGUACUGACUGAUUCUUUAUCUUAACUUAAACAUACUCGACGAGCAACAUGCUUACUGCCAUUCAAAGGUUAACUGCUGAGCGCUGCCGUGGUUGGUGGAUUCAAUCCUGCCUUAUUUGUUGUCUAACUCAAGUGUCAACUUCUGGUUAUUGAUUAAAAAGCUGAUGGAUUGUUUGUGUUUCCUGAGAAGAGGAUUAUAGUUUAGUGCGAUUUGUACAAACUCGGUUUCUCUCAAGUUAAUUUAUAGCUUUACCUGACGGGUAUGGUAUGGCUUGUCGGAAAAGCUACACUACAAUUGUGCUUAGUUAUUGAGAUGAAAGGUUAGAAUGAGUUCCAUUGUACAAUUCAAGAAUGAUUUGAGAUUGCCAUGUAUCGGCUACGCAUGAUACUUUAUUGUACCAUCUGGAUAUGAUAUUCCCCCUAAGAAUAUCUAUCAAUCUACUUCAUAUUUUGAAUCUGAA